AUGCGGAAGACUUUAGAGGAAGAAUGGAAAUCAGCCCUGAAUGCCAUCCUCCAGGAGCUGAACCAGGAACAGUACGAUACGUUGCUGGACCUUUUGUCAAAAAUCCGUCAAAAUCAAAAAGCUGGCAAACCCAGAGAACAGAUGCCCCAAAUAAUUCUUGAACACUAUGGAUUACACAGGUCCUAUUCUGUAAUCAAAGAAGAAAUGUGGGAGAUGCCAAGGAGGGACUCUAAAGUCCAGGACCUGCUGCGACCCUUUGAGGACAAACUGAAGAACAAUCAUGAAAAAGAAAGAGAUGGGAAAAAAAGGAAACAUGUGAGUGAUCCAGUGCAGGAGGAGCAGGAGGAGCAACGACCUGCAGCAGAUGAACUGAAGCGGAGCAGACUGGAAAAGGAGAGAAACAACCAGUCAUGGAGAAAAACCAUCAGGGAUCUGAAAUCCAGUGAUCAGCUUCAUGAUUCAGAAGCCAUCGUUGGGAAAGUUAUGCAGAAAUCAGGGCUACGGAAGAAUGACAAUGGAACAGUUUUCUUUUAUGUGUCAGUCGUUGAUGACACAGACUGUACUAGACUGACGGUUUAUGGGAAACACCGCUAUCAAGAAAUCAAUGAAGAGUGCUCCUACAUGAUCAGAAAGCUAAUGAAAGAUGAAAAUGUCUGGAAGGUUAAUAAACACAGCAAAGUGUCACAGACGAGUGCUGUCAAAGUCCCAGAGGAGCUAGAAAUGGAAGCACGGAAACUCAUUUGUGUUGAGAGUCCAGUUUACUCCAUCGCAGAAGCCAAAACACUUCCUGAGAAGUAUGGAGUGACUGUUGAAGGAACUGUAACAGAGAUUCGUCCUGUUGUAGAAACGGAGGUGACGACCCAACAGAGGACGACAAAGAGGCAAGAAUUCCUCCUACAGGAAGACAAAGAGUCCAUCAGGAUCUGCAUGUGGGGAGAAAACACCAAACAGGUCAAAGAAAUAUCAGUUGGAGACGUCGUCAAUGUGACCAACGUGAAGACCAGUCGCUACCAUAAUACUGUGUCCCUGAACUCAACUGGAUUCACCAGAAUUCUUCCGAUUGAAAGAGCUCCUGUCCAGAAAGCCAGAAUUGAGAUUCAGGCGAUCCAAAGUACCGACCCCACGCAGACGUUCCUGGAGGCGGUGUACAACGGGCGGAUCGAUACGUUUGUCGUGUCCACUCAACUUCUGGGGAGCAAGUUUAACUUAAGACUGGACGGCGAUUUUAAAGAAAAUCUUCUUAAUAAGAUGCCAUUCUCAGCAGAUGUAGAAAUACAAGGAAGAAAAAUUAAUACCAUUUUUUCAUCACUAAAAUGUAAAACAUAAACAGAACAUUAAUUAGCAAGACAAACAGUCAGUAUCAAUCAAUCAAUCUUUAUUUGUAU